GAGGAGAGAGAGAGCACAGAGAAAGCAGAGAGAGAGCAGAGAGAGAGAGCAGAGAGAGAGGAGAAAGAGGAGAGAGAGCAGAGAGAGAGAGUGGGGGAGAGAGCAGAGAGAGAUAGAGAGAGAGACAGAGAAAGAGCAGAGAAAGAGAGUGGCACAGUUUGCUCCUGCAGCGCUGCAAGGACAGACUGCACUGACAGAGGAAGGGACACACACACAGCCCAGCGUGAAGAGAGACAUGUCUACGUAACAGGACCAUCAGCACACUAAUCAUUUCUGGACACUGACAGCAACAUAGAACACAAAUAGAUGCCAAGGACUAGCACCUCAAAACAACCUCACCCUCACACAGAGGGAGGUCACAUUUUGAAGGUGGAACAGUUUGAAGACGGUCACAGUAAAGGCGAGGGAAGACAUUUGUUCUGGAAGAGACCAACUAAAACAGGAGUAAUCAACAGUAUCAUCUCCUCUCUGCGAUCUAGCUCUUGGAAGUGAAAAGGAGAGACUUUACAGUACAGGGCACUGGGCUGUGCUGCUCUGCCUUAAACACUCAUACCCUUCUGUGCUGCUUCUGCUGCUACUGCUGUUCCAAAACAGGCUACAUCAGACAGAGGUACGCUGAACUGAGCAGCUCUGCUCUACACUCUAGCUAGCUGUACUGCACUGACUGACUGGUUGACUGACUGGUUGACUGACUGACCAUGAGUGAGUCAAAGAAGGGCGAUCUGGCUAUCCGGGAUAAAGCCAUCCUGGGCCAGCAGAGGCGUCUGAAGCAGGCCACCCAGUUCACACACAAAGACUCAGCCGACCUGCUGCCUCUGGAUGGGCUCAAGAGACUGGGCACCUCCAAAGAUCUGCAGCCCCACAGUAUCGUGCAGCGCCGCCUCAUGGCGGGAAACAUCACACAGCUGCGUGACGAGGCCCGCGUGGGGAGACCCUCGCCCCUGGUCGACAGCAAGGAGGGGGGCGCCGGCGACGCAGAGGAGAAGAGCGAGAGCACGGCUGACGACUCCACGGAGGAGAGCGAGAGGAGCCUAGAGACGAGGUCGGACGAGGAGGAGGACAGCAGCGAGGCCGGGGGGAAGACGAGCAGCACGGCUGGGAACGAUAAAACAGAGGAGGGGAGGAAGGACAGGCCUCUCACUACCCUGCUGGUCCAGUGCAAGUGCUGUGACACUGAGGUGAUGGCUUCCAUCAACACCGGGAGUCAACACAACCGCAUCUCCAGCUUCUGCUGCAGGAGGCUUGGAUUGGUUCCCACCCAGGAAGGUCCACCCUGUGAGCAGACAGAGGGCCAGGGCUCUGUGAGGGGCCUCCAGCUGCAGCUGGGCAGACAGAUUGUCCAGUGCUCUGCCCACGUCACCGAGGAUGAAGUGUUUGAGCUGUGCCUGGGUCUUCAGACUCUGCAGGAACUCAAAUGCUGUGUGGACCUGAGCAGUAGAGUCCUAAAGCUCCAGGGCUCAGGGGAGGAGCUGCCUUUCAUGGAGCCGCCAUUGGUCAGCCAGUGCCAACACCAAGACAGCAAUGAGAACCUGUGACGCUGGCGUGUCACAACCUCCCAGCCAUCCCACGCCCUCCUCUGAUUGGCUGGCGCUGAAAAAAACAUGAGGUCCGGGCCGGGACUGUCCAAUCAGUGUCUCGCACUGCCAGCAACAUGGUUGAGCACCCUAAUUCUCUUCAGUUUACACCAUUGUGUUUGUUUCUGUGGAAUUAAGACAUUACCAUGAUGUUACUCUUGUAUUGAAUUAGCCUAGUUUAUGGAGCAGAUGGAGCUCAAGGAUUGGGACAAUUCUAUGUAACAACCUUCAUAAUUAUGUACUUAAUCAAGGUGUUUUUUAUCUGCCAGACAGUGCAUCAUUGUUCAAUACACUCUUAGAAAAAAGGAAUCCAAAAGGGUUCUUUGGCUGUCCCCAUCGGAGAACUCUUUCUGGUUUCAGGUGGAACUAUUUUGGGUUCCAUGUAGAAUCCUUUUUGUAAAGAGUUCUACAUUGAUCUCAAAAGGGUUCUACCUGGAACCAAAAGGUUUCUACCUGGAACCAAAAAGGGUUCUUCAAAAAGUUCUCCUAUGGGGACAGCCGAAGAACCCUUUUAGGUUAUAGAUAGCACCUUUUUUUCUAAGAGUGUACUGAAACAUACUGAGGAGUCAGACGAUGAUUAUCAUUUGAAAUGAACAUAUUGUGAUUUGGAGGUAUAAAAUAAUUUACGUUGAUCAUCAAUUAAAUGCCAAAACUGUUUAAAAUCGAAAUCAGUUCAGCCUUGAGGAAGAAAUUGUAUCUCCCUCACAUCCCUUUACAGAGUGAUAGUCUUUUAGAUGUCCUCUCACACGUGCUCAAGAAAAACGGUGAAAAAACAGGUCUUGUGAAACCUUUGAAUCUCCCUGUUAAAAAAUCAAAUUGAGAGUCAGGACAGACAGGGAAUACUGGAAGAGAUGUGAGGAGACUACUAUUCCUAAACGAACUGCCUUCAGCCAAGUGAAGACUCUCUCUCUCUCGUCUAUUUUCCAAAAUGAAGAGUGCUCCUAAGAAUGUCACGACGACCCACAUCAAAACUAGUUCUCAAUAAUUCCACUUAAAUGUUAAUAGAGUCCUGGAGCUAGUUGUGUGUGUCAGACGGACAGCACAGCAAAAAGAUCCAAACAUUCCAUAAUUCCGCAUGAUUUUUUGUAGAAGUCUGCUUUUGUAUAAAUCUGGAUGUUAGUGUUCCUGUGAGAGUGUGUCAGUGUGUGUGACUUGGAGAUGUGCGAGUGUGUGUACGUACUGGUAGAUGUGCACUUUGUGUGUGUGUGUGUGUGUGUGUGUGUGUGUGUGUGUGUGUGUGUGUUGGAUGCAUGUCAAUCGAGGAGGGGCUUUUCUGUUUCGAUAUGGUUAGUGGAUAGUGUUUCACAUGGGAAAGAAAAAGGGAUGAGUUCUAUUUACUUCUCCUAUUCCUACUCCUCCCAGCUCCUCCUACUCCUCCCAGCUCCAGUCAGAGGGAGCUGCCAAAACGGAGCUGACCCCAGCUGCCUUCCUUCCCUCGUCUUUUUCAGGGGACAUGAAUCACUCUGCUCUGAGGCUGCUCUCUGGGCCAAGGCCCUCAUAGAUGUUUGUUUAAGCAUAUUCUCUCUCUCAAUUUUUUAUGUUCGGGAAACAAAUCUGCUUGGUACAUUUUACCUCCUCUCAUUCGGUACGUUAUUCACUUUGACAAGCCUUGUUUGCUGAUUUGGUAUUUUACUAGGACGGGCGCAGCGGCACAGAAUCAUCAUCAGGCCCCUGCUUGCUGCCUGACUGACAGUUUCAAAUCAAAUCAAAUGAAUCACAUGCAUCGAAUACAACAAGUGUAGACCUUACAGUGAAAUGCUCACUUACGAGCCCCUAACCGACAGUGCAGUUGAAAAAAAUACGUAUAAGAAUAAGAGAUAAAAGUAACAAGUAAUUAAA